UGCCCAUCGCCAUCACAAGCUACAGCGGAGGGUGGUCAGUGCGCAUGCGCGUUCUGCAGACGCAGCUAUUUCAUCCUCUUACCCUCGUCCAUAUUAAGGCUGGAAUUUAUCCACGUAGGAUUUAACACACUGGCUGCAGAACACAAUGCACAGUUACGUCUCUUCGAUCCUGCUUUUUACCCUACCUCUUUUAUCGGGUUGGGAUUUAUUAGGUGAAAGAGAGAAAGUUCAGACUGUGUGUGUUGGGAAGGAGUUUCAUUUGCCGGUGGACUCGACGUCCAGGAUUGUGAUGUUUACGCCGGAUUCUGGAGGGCCGAGACGAGUUCUGCUUGAAAAAACCACUGUGCAGGACCCACGUUUCGAGUGGACCAGAGAUAAGACGUUAGUCCUGAGAGAGGCGACUCUGAGUGAUCAGGGACUUUAUGCCAACAAACUGUCCGCUGGCUUCACCUACGAGACUGUUCACCUGAUUGUUUCCGAAUGCAUAAAGCCGUACCGCAGGAACUACGGGGAGACCUUUGAGCACAGCAUCCCUGAGAAUGGCUCGGUGCUGGAGUUUUCCCCCCAGGGGGCGCCGCCUGAGGCCACGCCCGUUGUGUUGUGGAACCGGACGAACCCCGAAACAAACACCGCGGCCCGGGGGCGGCUGCUGCGUGGGGGUAAGGUCUGGGUGGCAGAGAGGGUGACGCAGGCAGAUCAAGGCAACUACACGGUGAAAGACGAGGACGGGAACGUGCUGUCUCGCAGCACACUCACUGUCCGUGGGCACUCCUUCAACAUCACACGUUUCACCAAGGAGUCACUAAACCUGCCCUUGUUCCUACCUGUCCAUCAUGCCCAUCUCAUUUUUACCCCAAGCCGAAUCCCAGAUGAAUCCCCUUUUGCCCCCUUCGACCACAAACCUCCACGCGGCCCUGUUCAGCUGCUCCGUGAGGGCCAGGUAACGGACCAUGACCUGGGUUACAGAGGUGUCAUUUCUCUUAUCCGCAAUGGAUCUGUGCACGAGAUUGUUAUCACAAGACUCACGUCACGCCACGAGGGGCUGUAUGAAAUCAGAGAUGGGCACGGCAACAUCGUAUCCUCCACCUACUUGCAUAUGAUUGAGAAAAAGGCCACUUGGCGAGCACUCUUCAAGUCCAUCAGCGUCCCUUCUGGGAUGUUUGUGUCUCUGGCUGGUUUCAUCUUGUUCAUGAAGCGCUACCCAAACUGCAGCCUCGCACAGAUCAUCACUGGCAUCAGGACCAACCGCACACCGCCAGCUAACCCGCCAAGAGUGAACAUCCAGGAGUACAAUCAGCCUCAUCCACACCCCCCUGCCUACUAUAGUCACUGCGAGCAGUCUCAAACACCAAGCAAGUGGACCCCUAGAGCCAGUCCGGUCCACGCUGGUUACACUCCUGUUGGGUCAGGGAGUCCCAGAGCAGAAAACCAGGAUGUGCAAAGACGGACAGAUGAAGGCUCGCCCCGCCAUAAUUUAACCGCUGUGCUGGACAAAUCCAACGAGGAAGAUGAGAAGAUUUCAUUUGCUAUGCCUGGAGCUUCAGACUGCCUCCACUCCUCCGAGGACUGCGUCCAGUUCCAGAUCAGGAAAGAAAGAGACGAGGACAGAUGGAGCAAUUCCAAAGACUUCUUUUCCACACUGCCACUAGAAGAGGACACCUCUGAAUCCUGCAGCGUUUACACUUCAAACAAGCUGGACUUUUCAUAAAACAGGGACAAAGCUGAGGAAGUAAGGAUGCUUAAGGCACGGAGAAAUUACAUAUGGAUUCUAAAGGAGAAGUCAUGGCACGAUUUGCACAGUUUUAAUUAUUGGGUUUGUACCAAUCUCUGAACCAUGAGGGCAGUGUUGAGUUUCCUGUCUCACUUUGCACUGGUUAAUGGUGCUCUAAAAAUCUCCUACUGUUACCUACCUCUAAACCCUCAGGACAGGUAUGAGCUGCACUCUAUUUACUGAGUUUGUGUUCUGUAAUCUAUAGGGCUAUGAUAUCAAAAGUAGUGACACUAAAACUUGCAAGAGAGAAUUCUUGUAACUUCACACCAAUAUAGCGUGAGCUGAAGUGCUUUCCCAUCAUGCUAACUCUUUCAUUCUUGUUCCAGCAGUAAUCAUCAUUAUAAAUAUCCUGUAGUUUAUGUAUGUUUGCAGGUGUGGUGGUUUUACCUUUGCGAUAACAGUAGUAGUAGACACAUGGCAUGCAUCUCCAAAUAUUGUAACAGCUGAUCUACAGUAAGUCAUUGAACCUUGCAUACUGAAAAAUAACUAAGUAUUUCAAUAAUUCUUUUAUCCAAUAACAAAAUCUUGUCUCUAAAAAUAAAAUGUAUCUUUAACAAACACGUCUAAAAAAAAUAUGGUUUUAUUUUUGUGCACAUGUAU